AUGAGGAUGAAGAAGAAGAAUGAGGGAGAAGGAAAAAAAAGGAGAAAGAGGAAAAUUGACAGGCAAAAGGAGGGAGGCGGGAAAACGAUGGGUAAGAGAGACAAGAAAGAGGAAAAGGAGGAGAAGAUUGAAGAAGCAGGAGGAAGAGUGGCAAGAGGAGAAAGAGAAGGAGAAGCAAGAGGAAAAGUAGGUGAAGGAGGAGAGAAGAGAAGUCACUCGAAAGAUCAAGACCCAUCAAUUUGCGCGAAGGAAACGAAGAAAAUAAGGAAAAAAAGGAGGAUAAGAGUGAAGAAAGAUGGGGAGGAGGAAAAGGAGAAGGAGAAGGAGAAGGAGAAGGAAGAGAAAAAGUAA